AUGUCUGCACCACCACUUCAAAUCAUCAACGAUAAACAGCUAAAUGCUCGAUCGAAUAAUAUUCAUACACCGAUCAAGGCUAAAAGGGUUGUUACUGAGCUGCAUCAUAUAGAUAGACUUACUACGAAUGGUAAACCCACCAAUAAUAAUAAUAACAAUAAUAAUAAUAAUAUCAAUCGUCAGCAGCCGCCUCAGAAAAAGAAGAAGGAAAAACUCUCUUCUUUAUGCAAAACACCUCCAUCGUUGAUCAAGACUAGAGGACGGGACUACCACAGAGGACAUUUCUUAGGUGAGGGAGGAUUUGCUCGUUGUUUCCAAAUGAAGGAUGACAAGGGAAAAGUAUUUGCUGCGAAGACAGUUGCUAAACUGUCUAUCAAAUCUGAAAAGACAAGAAGGAAAUUACUAUCAGAAAUUCAGAUCCACAAAUCUAUGAAACAUCCCAAUAUCGUUCAAUUUACAGACUGUUUCGAAGAUGAUACUAACGUUUAUAUCUUAUUAGAGAUCUGUCCAAACGGAUCUGUUAUGGAAUUAUUAAGACAAAGAAAACAUUUGACGGAACCUGAAGUAAGAUUCUGUAUGAUCCAAAUCAUUGGUGCCAUAAGAUAUAUGCACAGUAGAAGAGUUAUUCAUAGAGACUUGAAACUUGGAAAUAUUUUCUUCGAUAAAGAGUACAACUUAAAAAUCGGUGAUUUCGGUCUUGCUGCUGUCUUGGCAAAUGAUAAAGAGCGUAAAUAUACCAUUUGUGGUACACCUAACUAUAUUGCUCCAGAAGUGCUCACCGGAAAGCACACUGGUCACUCAUAUGAGGUUGAUAUUUGGUCAAUUGGUGUGAUGCUCUAUGCAUUGCUAUUCGGUAAACCACCAUUCCAGGCAAAAGAAGUUGAAACAAUCUAUGAAAGAAUUAAGUGUAGAGAUUUCAUUUUCCCAGCUGACAAACCGGUAUCCUCAGAUGCUAAAAACUUGAUUUCACAUCUCUUACAGUUAAAUCCAGCCGCCAGACCAUCGUUAUAUGAAAUAACUGAUAACGUAUGGUUCAGAAAUACUUUCCCUUCAAGAUUACCGUCUACAAUAACCAAGGAGAUUCCAAAUUUCGAUCACCUCAGUUUCAGCGAGUCAUUGAUUAACUUGAAACAAUGUAUGCUAAACUCAGGGUUACUUAAGAGCUCACAAACUCAUUCUUAUGAUGGUAGUAAGAAUCCAAUUGAGUUAGUGAGAACAGAAAUAGAAGAAGAAAGAAACAGAGCUGUUUUACCACAAUCCUUGUCACCAGGCGGAACCAAAAAUAAAUAUAAAGAAGUUAUCGAUCUUGAUGGCCACAGAAAAUUUAACGAGAUGGCAUAUCAAAAUCGACUGAAAAAAGCCGGAGAGAAUCUAUUCUUCAAGCCUGAGUUGGUGGCAACUUCAACUAACAUGAUUAAAUCCGAAAUGUCGCUGAAAAUACUUGCAAGUGAAUGCCACAUGACACUACGAGGGAUCAAGAGUGCCGAAAUAGAUAAGAGGCAAUCAAACUAUCCUUCUCCAGACUCCACCGUACAAGACCCAAUCGUGGUCACAAAAUGGGUAGACUAUUCGAACAAACAUGGAUUUGCAUACCAGUUAUCAACUGACGAUAUCGGGGUGUUAUUCAACAACGGAACCACAGUAUUAAAGCUAGCAGAUGCGGAAGAAUUCUGGUAUAUUAACUAUGAUACUAAGGAAGGAUGGGUUGCAAGCCAUUAUAAAUUAGAAUCUAAACCUAUUGAAUUAACAAGACACCUUGAAGUGGUCGAUUUUUUCUCAAAUUACAUGAACUCCAAUUUGAGUAGAAUUUCUACGCUGGUCCGUGAAACUUAUCAUAAAGAUGAUGUGUUCUUGAGAAGAUACACCCGUUAUAAACAGUUUGUUAUGUUUGAGUUGAGUGAUGGUACUUUCCAAUUCAACUUCAAGGAUCACAAUAAAUUUGCAUUGUCACAUGGAGGUAAAUUCUUAACAUUUAUUUCAUCUGAUCGUAAAACGAUAACGUUACUGCUUUCGAGUGUUCUAAUAGAUGGAUGUGUACCAGGAUUCCCUUCUAUUGAUAUAUUCGAGAAACUAGAACUAAUGAAGGAGGGCUUGAGAGAUAAAGCAAGUGUUCUAACAAUACAUUAG